UUGCAGAGAUCCUGGAUCUGUUGCGGCUUCGGGGAAGCAGAUACAUUUACUGAUGCUGCUAUUAGUACUGUUACGUACAUUAUACCUUUUGCAUUAGUACUUUUGCUAUUGGGCUUUAAAAAAAAAAUAACAAAUAGAUUUUUUUUUUUUAUGAAUAAAUAAAAAGGACCUUAAAAAAAAAAAAAUCUCUCAUUGAAAUAGAAAUGAGAGGAGUGUGAAAAAAUUAAAAAAAUCGCAAGUGAGAAAAGAGACGUGCAAGACCAUAGGCAAGGUUACGAGGUUCUGCAAUUGUGAUAGUUAAUUAAUGAUGUUGUUGAUGGUAAGUUAACAUUCUGCGAUUUGUUUGGGUUGAGGUGCGUAUUUGGGGUAUAAUAACGUCGAGGGGGCUGUGAAUUGGAAACAUUCACCAUAGUUGUGCAAUGCAAUAGGUGCUUGAAUUGGUUUAAAAGGCGGCGAUUGGGGGGUGAAUUGAGGUUGCAGUCUUUCAUUUAUGCGGAGAGGCAAUGCGAGUUCAUUUUUACUGAAGGUACUCUGACAGGGUUGUGCUAGGUAUUGCGCGUUGUGGGUCGAUGGCUGGUCAAUCGCUAAUGACGUAGAAAGAUUAUCAAAAGUAUCCAGUUGGCAGCUCGCGAUAAUAAACAAUCAUUUUUAAAUCACAUUCAGGAAACUAGUAAUACAAAAAGAGAAUUAAGUUAUUAUAAAUUAUACAUUGAUUGGUGGUCGUGAAUUAGUAUAUAAACAGAUCGCAUCGGCAUCAUUAAGGAGCUUGUCUACAAUCAUGUUAUGACAUUUGUUUUUAAUAAUUUUUAUUAGUAUUAUUGUUGAUGAUAAUCUCGGGCUGCUGCGUGGUCACGUGUUUAGGGAUGGACUUGGUCUACUUUGUGUUUCUAAACAUAAUUGCGUUUGUGUUUACUGGUCUGUGCUGAAGCAGAUCUACAGAAUUGUCUUUUUUAACAAAGUGAAGUACAAUCAAAGGCAGUAUUUAAGAAACUAAGGAAAGGUAUAGGUUUUAAAUUAGGUUACAUUCUUUAUAGCGGAGUCUGCAAGUAGUACUGGAACGUAUUUGUUUGUUUAUUCUUGAGCGUUACUAGUAGAAGCGUUAGUAGUUAGUCAAGUGUAGCACGGUUCUCAGUACUAUCAGUAGAUCGAGGAUGAUGGAAGCUGACGAAGCUAGCACCUCCGCCGCGCUGAUGAAAAAGUUCGCGUCCACUACGAAAGGUGUCGGCGUGCCCGAGUUCGGCUGGCGCAUCUGCUUGGCUCAUGAAUUCCGGGAGAAGAGGAAACCGUUUCAGGCAAGCAACGUUUCCCUUUCAAACAUCGUGCAGCACCUGGGAUUGGGAGUCAGGUAUUUGAAAUGGUGGUACAGGAAAACUCAGGUGGAAAAGAAGGCUCCUUUUAUCGACAUGAUCAACUCUCUUCCCCUGCGACAGAUUUACGGAGCCCCACUGGGUGGGUUUGGGGGUGGCACCAUUACCAAGGGCUGGCGGGGGGAGUUCUGCAGGUGGCAGCUGAAACCAGGAAUGUACCACUACAAAACCGUCAUCGCCGAUCAGUUUACAGUGUGUCUGCGCAGGGGCGGUCAGACUCUGUACCAACAGGUCCUGUCAGUGGAGCGGCCGCACACCCUGCAGGGCUGGAACUGGGGCUUUUGCGGCAGUUACGCUUUCUACCAUGCUCUGUACCCCCGUGCCUGGACCGUCUACGACCUGCCGGGCCAGAACGUCACCUUGACCUGCAGACAGGUGUCUCCCAUCAUUCCACACGACUACCAGGACUCCAGUCUGCCGGCGGGUGUAUUCAUUUGGGAAAUCGAGAACCGGAAUGACUUUGCCCUCGAGGUCACCAUCAUGUUCACCAUGAGAAACGGGAUCGGGACCAAGGACGAUAAGAAGGGGGGCCACUGGAACGAACCAUUUCACUUGGAGAAGGAGGGCGAGAUGGUGUCUGGGGUCCUGCUGCACCACUGCACACACAUCAACCCCUACACCAUGGCCAUUGCAGCCAGGGCACAGCCUGGCAGACACCUCAGCCACCAGACUGCUUUCAGCCCGACUGGGACGUGCCGAGCUCUCUGGACAGACCUAAUCACGGACGGGCAGCUGGACUCUCCCGCAGGACCCAGCCCUCCCACACAAAAAGGUGACAAGACGGCAGCGGCAGUGGCAGCGCGCUGUACUUUGCCUGCGUUGGGACAAAACACGCUGGAGUUCAGCCUGGUGUGGGACAUGCCCAGAAUCCACUUUGGAUCAGAGGAGCGGGAGCACCUGAGACGGUACACACGGUUCUUUGGCAGCAGUGGCAAUGCUGCCCCCGAGCUCAGUCACUAUACUCUCACACACUACAGAGACUGGGAGCGCAAGAUUGAGGACUGGCAGAGACCCAUCCUAGAGAAUAGGAGCCUCCCUGCCUGGUACAAGUCAGCCCUGUUCAACGAGCUCUACUUCCUGUCUGAUGGGGGAACGGUGUGGGUGGAGGUCCCCUCGGAUGCUGACAUUACCGGGGGGCUGCGCUCGGAGCAGGGGGGUCUCCCCACACUGCCCCCCGUGCUCCGCGAGUUUGGACGCUUCGCCUAUUUAGAAGGACAGGAGUACCGGAUGUACAACACCUACGAUGUGCACUUCUACGCCUCGUUUGCAUUGAUUAUGCUGUGGCCCAAACUGGAGCUGAGUCUGCAGUAUGAUGUUGCUGCCUCAGUGGUGAAGGAGGAUUGCACGCAGCGCCUGCACCUGAUGAGUGGCAGAGUGUCCAAGGCAAAGACAAGGAAUGUGGUGCCUCAUGACAUUGGAGACCCAGAUGAUGAACCCUGGGAGAAAGUGAAUGCCUACCUGAUCCAUGACACAGCUGACUGGAAGGACCUGAACCUGAAGUUUGUGCUACAGGUGUACCGGGACUAUCACCUCACCCACGACCACACCUACCUCACCGAUCUGUGGCCCGUCUGCCAGGCUGUGAUGGAGUCUGAGCUGAAAUUCGACACUGAUGGAGACGGGCUGAUUGAGAACUCGGGGUACGCAGAUCAGACCUAUGAUGGGUGGACUGUCACCGGACCUAGUGCAUACUGUGGAGGUCUGUGGCUAGCCUCUGUCUGUGUCAUGUGUAAGAUGGCUCAGAUCCUGAAGGACGAUGCUGUGUAUCAGAAGUACAUUGACGUGCUGGAGAGAGGUACAGCGUCCUUUGAGAAGAUCCUGUGGAAUGGUAAAUACUACAACUAUGACAACAGUGGGAAGUCCUAUUCCAACAGCGUGAUGUCAGACCAGUGCGCCGGCCACUGGUUUCUCAGGGCUUCAGGAAUAGGAGACGAGGAGUUCCAGGUGUUCCCCAAGUCCAACAUUCACAGCGCUCUGAAGACUAUCUUCGAUCUCAACGUCAUGAGCUUUGCUAAUGGUACCAUGGGAGCUGUGAACGGGAUGAGACCGGAGGGUGUUCCCGACACAUCCAGCGUGCAGUCGGACGAGGUGUGGAUUGGCGUGGUGUACGGGCUCGCUGCCACCAUGAUACAUGAGGGCCUGGUGGAGGAGGGAUUCCACACGGCGGAGGGGUGCUACCGGACGGUGUGGGAGAGGUUGGGCAUGGCCUUCCAGACCCCUGAGGCGUACUGUGAGAAGAACGUCUUCCGCUCGCUGGCCUACAUGCGGCCACUCAGCAUCUGGGCCAUGCAGUUGGCACUGGAGAGGAGAGAGGCUGGGGAGAGUGCCACACCAUGAACUCUGACCCCCGUUGCACACCUCAGCUGGAAGAAGGAUGUGUCAUACCAGUACAGUACAGAUCCUCUCCUCUCUCUCUCUCUCUCUCUCUCUCUCUCUCUCUCUCUCUCUCUCUCUCUCAUAUGCCUCCCCCACAGUUAUUCAGUAUUAAUGCCACUCUCUCAGCAAUGGCAGUUCCCCUGCCACACUGUAUUUAUUGUAAAUAUUUACCCUUUUAAUAAGACAACACCGGCUGUACCUGACUUUAAAUCUUGAUUUUUCAGAGCUGGGUGUUGGUACUGUCUCUAUUCUCUGCUCCUGUUUCUAUGGAAAAUUACUGUAAAGCUUUUAGACAUUUUCUCCUGAAAUGUGAGAGUCAAUUAUUGAAUAAAAGUAAGAUGCUUGUUUUCAAAUAAAGCAGUGUGUUUUUCCGUGUCCAGGAUUUGUCCAGGGCUAUCUGGCAUUUAGUCGCAUUUGCAAGGUUAAAAUGAUUGAUUUAUUUGUUUUAUACAGUAUAACUAGCACUAGCAAACCACUAUUGUCUCUGUCAGCCAAAGCCUGUUUUACUGUUUUCAUUUUCUUUCUUUUCAUUUGGUUUUAUGAUUGAGUGUUUGAAAUUUACUGGGGAUUUCAAAGUUCAGAGCUUACCCUCCAAGUAGCACUGUCUUGUUGUCUUUUGGCUUGUAAUUUCUCACACACUGUGUCAGCGUUCGUCAAAUAAAAAAAAAAACAAUCAUUUAAAAAAA